AAGUUAAGCUCGCAUUUUAACUCGGCUCUGCGGUUCAGCAGAGUUCAGUCCGACACUCGAGCGUCGUGCACACGUGCCAUCGAUAGACACAGAUUACUCUCUCUCUAUCUACAAACUCAACGUGUGCAAGCCACAAAAAUUUCGCGGUAGCAGUUUCUUCACAAUCAAUGUUCCCGCUCUUGAAGGCCUACACAUCCCUUAAGCAUGCCUAAUGACAACGCACCAGUUUGUGGAUGCGGAGUAGUUUUGGAUUUGCCAAAAUCUCGAAACGCAAUGGGGGCACUUAGUUUAACGAUUUUAAAUCCAAAACCAUUGAAAGGCUCAAAGGGUGAGGGUAGAUCUUCAAAGAAACAAACAGAAGAAGGGGGAGGAGGGAGUGGAGGACGAGGUCCAACAUCAAGAGCAUCGGAUACCGGAAGUACUAGUUCAGUUGCUGAACAAACGAGACCUGCCAAAAACAUACAUAAACACGAAAAACGAUUGAAUCCAUCACGAAGGACUCGAAGUGCAGAAAGAGUCGAAUCGCAUUAUACCUACAUUGACUCGGGUUCGAGCGUAUACGGAGUCACUAUACGAGAAAACGUCAUUCCGGAAGCUCUCUACGCUACCAUUGAAGAUCCACCGAACGCCAGCGCAAACGGAAACGCCGGAAGUCAGCAAAAUGCACAGAAUAGGCCGCAACCCGUAUACUUACUUCCCUCAAUGACGUCACCUCCUCCUACAUAUGACGUCGCGACUGGUGAAUCGUGGCAGGGAGGAUUGCCACCGUCGUAUGAGGAAUAUCUUUGUCACAACUAUCCGAUGAUAUCCCGUUCACAUACACCACCGCCCCCGUGGUCAGAUUCAACAGUCGGCAUUCAGCAGGCGCGCAGGGAUCUUUUUGCUAGCCAAUCAGAGCUCACUGAAUAUCUAACACAACUGACUUUGGUGCAAGCAGCAAACCAAGAUCAGGUCUCUCACCAAUUCCCAUUAGUGCGACAUUCAACGACUGUUAACCAGCAAGCCCUCAGGAAACAGGCGAUGAGGACGCAAAGAGCGCGCGCUAUGCCUCCCAGAUCGCAGAGUGAAAGUCGGGCUCAGCAACAGCGGAUUUCGACAAUGUAUGAUGAUGCUGCUUUUUGCAUGGAAACUACUGCAAUUCAAUCAGCAAUUGACAAUGGAGUGGCAUUCUGCAGUCUUAUGUAAGCAAAAUUGUGAGAAUUACAAAAAAAAAGAAAAAAAAAUGUUUUAAAAAAUUUCGUUACAUUGUGGAGAGUUCUUUAAAGCGAUUAUAUCGCGAUUUCCGGCGCGCACUGUUCGCUUUCGAUUUUCACUCUAUGGUUUUCCCAAUUUCAAAAUUGAAAUUUUGGGAAAAAAUGAGUUUUGUAAUAAGGAAAUUAAAAAUCGAGAAAACUCGAAAAUUUCAAGUGGGUGGAUGUUUGCGUGCGUAUAUGUCUGAUGUGUAUGUGUGUGUGUGUGUGUGUGUGUGUGUGUUUACUGGCAGGUCCAGAAUCACGCUUCAUAUUUCUGAGAGAUCUCGUGUCUGAAAUAUAUGGGCGAGAUUAUAUAUGAAGCCACUUUUUCUACUUCGAGAAAACUUUACUCGAACCAUAUUAGGUACAACGUGAAUAUCGUUACUGAUCAACUCAUAGAUAAGGCACAAGUGACUCGAUUUUUUCAUCUUGAAAUAAAUUUCAUCUUCCUGUUUUCAAUAAAAUAGAAAAAAAAGACAAUUUUUUACUCAAUUUCAAAAUUGUUAUUCUAAAUUCUGUAUUUUGGAAAUUUUAAUUUUAAAAGAUAUUUUAAAAAUAAGAUUAUAUUUUAAAUUGAUUAAUUGCUUGUUUACAUAAUCAAUUCAUUUUUUAUAGUUUUAUUUUAUAUUUCUUUUUGUAUACUUAUUUUCAGUAAUUUUAUUUUUAAUAUUAAAAUUUUUAAAGAAAUCUAUUUUCUAGAGCUGUACAAUAAAAACGACGCGCACAUUUUCAAAUAAUUGAACCAACUAUUUUACAGUUUGUAUAAAUUACACAAUUGUCUAUUAAAAAAUAUAUAUAUAUAUAUUUAUAUAGUUAGAAUUUAGGAAAUAUUUUACUAGGCAAAGUAAAUCUACUUUAAACAAAAUAUAUUUUUUUCAAUAUUAUCGAUUAUUAUAAAAAAAUAUAUUAGUGAGUGAAAGACAAGAGGAUGAAUUUUUAUUUCAGAGGUAAGAAAUCAUUCACAUUUAUCACUCACACACACAAUGAUGAUAAUAAUUUAUUGUGUAUGCAAGAAAGGAAUUUUAAAGAAAGUAAGAUGAUAACGUCAUAUUAUUAAAGUUGUUGAUAUUUCAACAUAAUUUUCGAAAACGAAACACUGAAAACAAUUCAAAUAUGCGCAAUUUUUUAAAUUAAAAAAAAUAUUUAUUUAAAAAAACAAAAUCAAAAAUAAUAGACGAUUGUCGUUUAUUAUUGCUCUUUGUUAAUAUAUAUAAGUAUACGGGAUUGCAGAGCAAUAUAAUGACGUGAAUAAAGACUGAAACAAAAAUUGUAGAUGUGUGAAAACAUGUUUUUUAUUGACAAAUAUAUAUAUUCGUUAAUCAAAAAAAAUUAAUUGACAUCAAAUGUUAAUUUAUUUAUAAUUAAAUGCAAUUUCAAAUAAUGAAAAAUAAUUUCAUUGCAAGUUAUUAUUGUUUAAAAUAAUGAAAAAAGAACUUUGUGAUGACAAGAUACUUUUUUAAAAAAAAAAACUCGAUCCUUAAAAAUUAAAGAUAUAAAGCUUUUUUUUUUUGGAAAAUAAAAAAUGUUGUUGAAGAGAUUCGUUUUCAGUGUGACGUUCUCAGAUGAAAAGAAUGGGUCAUUUCACAAUCUCAGCGUGUUAUCAAAAGUGGUAGAAUAACCUUAAAAAUGGGUUUCCAUCAUCUUCACCGCGGGGAUAUUUCAAAUGACAUUCUGUACUCAAGGGAUAUUCCGCAGACGUCUUAAAUCUCCCAUGUGAAUAGGAAAAAGAAGUCUUCCAAAUAUUUCCUGGUUAUCACGUGUCAGAUAUGCGGACGUUUAUUCGAUCUAUCUUGCCUCAUCACUUUUCUAGUUUACAGUAAUUUUAAACGUGGUUUAUCGUGUCAUGUUUCUUAUAUGUAUAUUAAAAACAAUAUCAAUUCAUCACUUAUUGAGCAAUAAAAUGUGUCAGUCAUAGUAAUCCUAUUUUUUUCAAAACAAAUCAUUAUUACUUAUAUAUUCUUUAAUCAUUACAGCAAAAUUAGACUUUUUAUAAUCGAUCAUUUUUAAUUCAAUUAAAAAGUCUUAAAAUUCAAAUAUAAAAAUGCUCUACUUUUUCUUUUUAUUUACUAUAAAUUGAGAAACAUAACAAGAUUGCUAUGACAUGAAAAUUUAGGCAAUUAUAUAAUAAUCAGCGAGUCAAAGUGAAUCGGAUUUAUCAGAUAUUAGUAAAAAUCGAUUUAAAAUAAAGCACUGACGAUCCUAAUAUUGCCUAAUUUAUAAACAGAAACGAACUGAAUAUUGUCAACGAUUAAUUAAAGGAAAAUAAAUAGGCCUUUAUAUUAUAUUGACAUUAAACAAUAUUUUGGCCUCGGUCCACUUUGGCACUUAAAAAAAAAUAAAAAAAAAAAAACCCUCCAUAGUUUCUAUACCACGUUACUCGUUAUAUAUUUCCCAAUCGUUGAAAGGUGUGAACGUCACAUUCAUAUUUCAUUUUCGAUCAAAAAAAAAAAAAAAAACAGAAAAAAGAAGAUGAAAUGAUCUUCACAAUACCCCUAUAACUUCUAUACAACAAAAUCUAAUAAAUUCUGCUCUUCUUGUGCGUGUAAUAUAUUUGAUAGAGAAAAAUUUACAAAUUAUAAGUAUAAAGAAUGUUUCAAUGGUUUACAAACAUUUAACUAAUAAAAUAAGAAAUUCAGACGUACUUAUUCAAAUAAUGAAAAAAAAUCAUAUGUAUAGUAAGUACGUCAAGUCGAUGUUAACUCAUGUUACACGUAAACUAGCACAUAUGUACAAGAGGGGAGAUUUUAGCUAUAUUAAUAUAGUCAAAAAAUAUGUUUAGGUAAAAAUAAUCAGAACAAUCAAAUAUUAUUGAUAUUAAUAAAAAAUACAUGAAUCUACAUAUAUACUGAAAAAAGAGAAAAAAAACACAAUGAUUCUAAAAAUUAGAAAUUAAAAGCGUACCAGCAAAAUGAGGUUGUCAAGAAGGAAUUUUUUUUAUUAAAAAAAGAAAAAAGAGAUUUUUUCUUAUUUCCCUAUAACCGAAUCCAAUUCUACUUAUUUUUUGAAGUAUAGUUAUUUUAUUUUAAAUUAAGAUAAAAUUGGUUUUUUCUUAAAAAAGAAAUUUACUUUUAAGUAGAACAUUUUAAGAAGAUAUUUUUUUAAUAGGAAAAUUAGAUUUUUAUUAGGGGAAAACUAUUUUUUAAGUUGAAAAAUUACUUUAUUUUUAAAGUUCAUUUUUAAAUUCUACUAAAGGCAACAUUUACUUUUUUUACAUCAAAAAACUAAUUACCCUAGAUUUAUUUUAAACCACAUAAAGUUUGUUAAAUCAAAAUAUUUGCGUUUUUUAAAUAGAAACACUGUUUAUUAAGUAAAAUCUAUAUAUAUUUUCCAAACAAA